AUGGCCGAGCGGCGCAAGCGCUUGUUGCUGUCGCUCUUCAUUGCAGCCGCAUGUUGGGCAGGGCAGACAGGUGACGGUACGGUGUUUGUACUGGCGAGAGGGGAAAGUGGAGCGAGGCCCACGAGCGUCUCGCACUCACGAGUGCAGCUUGCAGGGAUUUCAUCCGGGGUAUCUGUGGAGAACAUGGAGAAGCACCCGAGGCUGCCAGUGUGGCCUGCCUGGUUCGGUAUCGUGUACAUUUUGCUAGACCUUUUGCUUGGCAAACCAAGUGUCGGGGCAUGGCUCGAAGAUCGAUUUGGAGGCCGUGUUUGCCCCAUGAUCUUUCGCGACACCACAGCAUCCGACCCCUUCCUGCUGGUCGCGCACCAUCGCCACUCCUUCAAUGCCUUCGAUCCGUUCCGCUACCUGUUCCGGUUCUUGUUGCCGGAAGGCUUCCCAGCCCACCCACAUCGAGGCUUCGAGACAGUCACCUAUGUCCUUCGAGGCGGACUUGUGCAUCGUGACUCCUUGGGUGUCAAGAAGUCGUAUGGUGCACCAAAAGAUUCCAGUGGAAGCGGCGCAGAUGCCGCAGUACAGUGGAUGACCGCUGGAAGUGGAAUGCUGCAUGAGGAAAUGUGGCGAACAGGUGAAGCUUUGGAGAGCUCUGACCAGGAGCUCUUUCAAAUCUGGGUCAACCUUCCCAAAGCAGAUAAGUACACCAACCCUCGAAUGCAGAUGCUUGGAAGUUCUGACACCGCCGAGAGCUUUUCCGCUUCAAAGCUAGGAGGAAUGCUGACUGAAGUUCACGAGCGUGGACCGGUGCCUACGGUGGAGCCUGCUCCAGGAGUAUCGGUAUGCAUCGUUGCAGGUGAAGCCGAUGGUGUCCGCAGCCCCAUCGAGACAUUCUCGGAUAUGGCUAUCCUUCACGUCACCUUGCAACCCGGAGCAGUGUGGGCCUGGCCCAAGCCGGCGACGUGGAGCUGCUUGCUGUACACGCGCAAAGGCGAGGCCAUUCUGGGCGAUGACGAGACGCUUCCCGUCCAUCACACGGCGACCCUCACCCGUGCAGAGAUUGAUGAGGAGCUCAAGCUGGCCGCAAGCCCGCAGGAGGCUGCAGAAGUCCUUAUCCUGGCUGGCGCGCCUCUGCGGGAGCCAGUAGCCAUGGGCUCGAACAUCAUCAUGAACUCGGAUGCAGAGCUGGCCGUAGCCAAUCGAGAUUUGCGACGAGGCUAUUUCGGGCCGAGUUGGGACCACACCGAUGACGAUGCCACUUGGUUGUCCACCGUUACGAACCACUGGGGCAAAAUGGCAGAUGCUUUGAGGCGCUGA